AUGGUAGGCGUGGUUGAAACAUGGCUCUGUGAUGAAAGCGCUGCUGCUGCUGCGAAGAGUGGGUUGGUGACGACGGAGGGCGAGAAAGGCUUCGCCAACUCUACUAAGGUGCAGAAAGACGGCUGUGCGGAGAAGGACAGCGAGAAUGAUGGAGCCGAUGCGGCUGGAGGUGACGAGGGCGACGGGUGUGCGGAAGAAGAUAAGGGAGGGGAGGCAGAGACAGAGAUGGUACGCGCUGGAGACGUUGGGAAAGGCAAGGGGAAAGUGGGAGAGACGGAAGGUGCAGGAACGGAGGACGUGGUGGCAAGUGAGAGUGAUGGCGGCUACGGUGAAGACGAUGGUUCGUCCGGGGCUGGCUGUGGGGAAAGUAGUGCUGUUGCUGCGAGCACUGGCAUGCUGGCAGCAGCAGCGAGCGAGGAGGAAGCAGAAGAGGGGGUGGCAGCAAGUGGCAUGGAGGUUCCAGCAGGAUCAGCAAUGGCGAAGGUUAUGACGGGCCAAAUGAGCAUGAUGGGUGGUGGUGGUAGCAGGCCAGAUGACGGGCUGCUUGCGGGGCUUUCAGCACUUCUAGCGAUUGCAGCUAUGUUCCUGCUCAAGAAAAAGGCUGAUAAAUAUUCUGAACUACCAUCAGAUCGAAGGUGGGCGAGACUGGAAUGA